AUGCUGCGUGUGAACUUGAAGUUCCUGGCGAUCGUGGCACUGUGGUCGGUACCACACGUCGCCUCAACCAGCAGCGACAGACGUGAUGUUAACAAAAGAUCUCUACCAUCAAACUCCGAACAGAAGACCAUCCUCAACGCCCACAACCAGGCCAGAUCCAAGGAAGGAGCUGCCGAUAUGAAAAAAUUGAAAUGGAACAACCAAUUGCAAGCGGCCGCCGAUGAAUAUUCCAAACAGUGCGUGUGGGCUCACGGCGAUCUGGAAAGACCCGACCUGCCCUGGGUUCAUUUAGGUCAGAACUUAUACUCGCAAAGCUUAGGUUACCCACUGGACCUCAACAGUGUGGUUUCCAAUUGGUACUCCGAAAAAGCAGGUUACGAUUUCGACACCAAAACUUGUAACAUGAGCAUGUGCGGCCAUUACACGCAGGUGGUAUGGGCGAACACCUCAGAAGUUGGUUGCGCGUGUAAUGCUUGCCCCACGCUGAAGCCUUUGUUAACCACUGAAAAAUUUGUUAAAUGGAAGAAUGAAGUCAGAGCACGAACCUGUGCAAACGAGUCGGAGUUUAUGUAUGACCAGUGUUUUGGAAUGAAGCCGGGAAAUCACACCUGA